UAUAGGAGAAAAGAUGGUUUUCUUCGUAGUCGUGGCCGAACGAUCCUCGCGUGUUUCCGAUAACUAAGAAGAAGAAGAAUCGGCAUUGCCAGACUGUCAUUGAUAGCAAUGUUUUGUUGACAUUCGUGGGUGGAAGAUGUUAGGUGUGCGUGUGACCAGUUUUAACGAAAACCUGGGGGAACCUGAACAGGAUGCGAAUUCUGCGCUUACGGAACUGGAUAAAGGCUUGAGGUCGGGAAAGGUGGGCGAACAGUGCGAGGCCAUAGUCAGGUUUCCGAAAUUAUUCGAAAAGUACCCGUUUCCGAUUCUGAUAAACGCGUCGUUAUUGAAAUUGGCCGAUGUAUUUCGCAUGGGCAAUAAUUUUCUGCGGCUAUGCGUUCUGAGAGUGUGCCAGCAGAGCGAAAAACACCUAGACAAAAUAUCAAACGUCGACGAGUUCGUCAGAAGGAUAUACAGCGUCAUUCAUAGCAACGACCCGAUCGCUCGGGCCGUCACUCUAAGGACUUUCGGCGCGGUAGCCGCUAUUAUUCCUGAACGGCAACAGAUUCACCACAGCAUUAGGGGGAGCUUGGAUUCUCACGACAACGUCGAAGUGGAAGCUGCAAUUUACGCCGCUAUCCAGUUUGCAGCUCAAUCAAAGACGUUUGCCGUGAGUAUGUGCAACAAGGUGUCCGACAUGAUACAAAGACAAGCUACGACUGCUAACAUGAAGCUGCAAUUGAUACCGAUCUUGCAAUAUAUGCAUCACGACACCAAUACAGCUGCCAUGGUACGAACUUUGUGUUUGAACCUGUUGCCAAGCUAUCCAGCUCAAGAUUUCGUUUUGGUUACCCUAAACACCUUGACCAAACUGGCGGCCACUACCCUAGUUGACAUUCCCAGUCAGGUGACUUUGUUGCUGAAAUACUUGAAAAACGACCCGCGUUGGGAAGUCAAGUUGAAGGCUCUCGAACAUUUGUACGAGUUGGCGCGUCCGGGGGCGCACCUGUGGCCGCCAGGGGCCGUCGACGAGAUCAUAGAGUACGACGCCGCCGACGUUGUCAAAUCCAGGCCGUUGAGCGCAUGCGUUUUUAUACAGGUGCUAGUCGAGUCGCCGAAAGUGUGUUACCAUCACCGACACGCCGGCUCCAAGUUGCGGGAACUCUGCUCGAAGCAUUCGUACUCGAUGGAGGCGGGAAUCGCCGCCCGCGCCAUACAGAUCGUCACCCAAAUCUUGUGUUGUUGUUUCGAUGAACGCCUCGACGUCGACGACGCCGAGGACGUCAUCGUCGCAAUCGAAACGCUGAUACUGGUGCUCACGUUCGGUGAUCGCGGCUGCUCGAAGGACCUGAAAGCCGCCCUAAAGUGCGCGGUGAGGCUGUGCAAGGCGGAGCCGCACUACUGUCAGACGUUCGUUGAACUUCUCGGUUCUAGGUUGACGGACGUUAACGAUUACACGAUCGUGGUCUGCGAAGCCCUGGGGGCCAUCGGCAGUCUCGAACCCGAAACGCUGCUGCCUCUGAUGGACGUGACGCUGAGACUGCUGACCGCCGCUGGCUCGCUGAGCGAUGACGUUCAGACGCGUACCAAAAUCAUGCUGUGCACGCUGCUGUUUCAGAUGAUGUCGGGCCGUGGAUGGACCCGCGAGGCCGAGACCGCGGUGCUGGCCGCGGCCUCGGCCGACAACAAGCUGUGGGCGAAUUACUGCAUAGCCCGGGCCGCGAUACGUUACGGCCACCACCAAAUUGCCCACCUCGUCUUCAAACAACUGACCGAGCAAGUCAGCUCAGAGCAUUUUCACUUUUGGCUCGCGUGCCUGCGAGAGAUGUGCCGGGCCGAGGCCCUGCUAUCCAGCGACGAAUCCGCCCCUCUUGUCACGAGACUAGACAAAGCGAUCAUCCACUACAACAAGGCGGUGGCGGCCCUCAAAGCGGCCAGCACCCCUUCCCAUAAUCUCGCGUUUCAGACGGAGUACAUGAAAAUCCGCGUCGAAUUCCUACAGUGCCUCGCGCAGCUCAUCUACACGUGCAACAUCCUGUGCAUAGUGCCGCCGCCCGCGAUCGCGGCCACCAUAGUGCAGAAUACGCGGGACGAGCAUCAACGCCACGGCUACAUCACCAACCAGCUGCGCAAGUGCGCGAAAGAGUUCAAGAACUGUGGCGACCUGCACUGGAGGCUCUACCAGACGGCGUUCGACGCUGACCCCGCCACUCUCGAGAACAUGCAAAUACUGCAGCAAAUGUGCGUACUGACUGAGCAGUGUGUCGAGUGUGUGGGCACGGGCGGUGCCCGCAUCCGCGACGGCCCCAUGGAAUUCGGCGGCACCAGGUCCGUCCGGCUAGAGUCGCGGCCGCUGGUGAAGGGGUGCGCGGACGCGCAAGCGGUCGCUCAGCACCUGCUGGAAGACUCAACUGUGGCCACGAUCACGCACAAACAAGCGGAGGUGCUGAAAAAGAUUGCCGAAGUGCUGGCUAGCGCGCCGCUACCGAUCCCGAGGUACUUUUUCCAAGUGUUGCAGUCGACCAGUGUGAAACUAGCGAUCUCGCCGCAGCCGCGCGUGCUUGGCGAGUUUAUCAGCGUGCAGGCGGGCUCCCAGCUCGCCGUCAAGGUGGAAGGCGUGAUCCAGCACGGCAUGAAGGCCGGACUAUUCCGAAGGAUCCAGGAGGUCGUCAUCGCCGUCACGUCGCAGUUGCAAAGCGGCAGCAAGAACAAGGAGGCCAUCGAUGCCAAGGCGCUGGAGCAGGUGUCGGUGUUGUCUCAAACCGUCAGUCCGCACAAGGACUUUUUCUCGGCGCAGUUCCUGCUCGCGUUCCCUAGGGGCGGCCAGUACUCGCUGGCAGUCGAGGCGUCGGUCGUCGACGAGCAGGGAAACGCCUGGAAAACGGGUCCCAAGUCGUCGUUAACGGUCAAAGUUCCGGACGAGCAGAAACUCGCUCCGAUUACGGUCCCCGGCAUGGCCAACAACUCGAACGUAAUUUUGAUGCCCGAGGACAAUCUGUUCGCCAGGCCCGCGCAGAAGAAGCAGUAAAUAAACCAUCGUUGGUAAAAAAUAGUCUUUUAUUGUUUGAAAAAUGUACAAAAAUAACAAGCCCCCAGCAAAAAAAUAAAAAAUAAAACAACAACAAAUUAGCCUAA